CCUCCAUCUACUCAAAAGCGCAAUGUUGUAUCUAGAAACAUGUCUGGAGGUCGUUUAACGCCACCGCCAGUGACAACACCAGGAACUCUACCCUCGUCUCUGACACCAGAACGGAUUCGGCGUUUGGAAGAGUCACGGUUGAGGGCGAAAGCACUGCGUACUCAAGAUGACAACAAAAGAGCACAGCCGCGGGAUAAUCCGAGCUUGUUUGCUACUGGACAAAAGCGACCACAUUCCUCCAUCAUCUCGAAUCGUCCCAAAACCCAGCGCGAUGCGUCGGAUCCCCGUAUCACCGUAGACGAGAUGUCCCGACCGAGAGAUGACAACGUUAUACAGGCGGCGAAGAAGUUCGAUAAAUAUGUCGAGUAUGACUUUAGCAAGAUGACGGAUACAAAAGGCGGGUUCUUGACUGCCAACGACGAUCCUCGAAAUCGAGCGAUGAAUGUCCCUAACCAAGAAGAAAAGCCAGCACACAUGACGCUCGGUGAAUGGGAAAGGCAUCAGUUAUUAAAAAAACUCCGAGCGAGCAAACAGGGCAUGUUCGAGCCUGGUAUUAGCGUGCUACACAAAGACACGAAGAGGUGCAGGGAGUGCGCAAGCUUGGAAAUUGAUUGGAAAUGGGACGAGGUGUUCGAUUGUCAGGUCUGCGGAGCGUGCAAGGACAAAUUUCCCGACAAAUACAGUUUGUUGACUAAAACUGAAGCGAGAGAGGAUUAUAUCCUGACGAACCCGGAGCUUCAAGACGAGGACCUUUUACGGCAUCUGAAACGACCGAAUCCACAUAAAGCAACUUGGAACGACAUGCAGCUUUACCUCCGAUAUCAGAUUGAAGAAUAUGCAUUCUCGCCUCAGAAAUGGGGUUCACCUGAGGCUUUGGAUGCAGAAUUCCAGAGAAGGGAAACGGACAAGAAGCGGAGAAAGGAAAAGAAAUUCAAUACCAAACUUGCCGAGCUAAAGAAAAGAACAAUGGUAGAGGCCCAUAAGCGUAAGAUGCUUGGAGGUAGUGGGGACGUAGGAUUCGGCGGUAGUCUAAAGGGGUCGAAUGAUAGACACGAGCAUGUAUGGGGGGCUCCAAUCGAGGAUCCAAUAACUGGCGAAAGUAAAAAGAAGUGUAUUAGUUGUAGUAUGGAAGUAGAAGAACUCGAGUUUUAGAUAUAGUAGAACCAUAAAUAAUAUAAAGACUUCUUAAUA